AUGUUGGUCGCCUUCCUUGUGCUGCCUUUCUUGUUGGUGAAUAUCGAGGCUGAGAGUCUGCAAUGCCUCGAACUGGACAAGCUGGAAGAAGUAAUUACGAAAGCAGUUGGUCCCAAAUCGCUACGCCGACCCGGCACGAAAUAUGGAUGCUACUGUGUGCACUGGCCUGAAAAAGAUCGCGACCUCGUGGUAGUACAGUGUGUAUACAAGCCAGCUUAA